AUGGACUUGCUGUCUACAGGGCAGGAGAAUGUCCCAAAUUACAGAUGUGGAAGACAACAGAAUAUCUUGGCAGUUUUUGAAGAGACAGACUCUGACCUCUUUGAUCAUAUUUCUACUGUCUUGGGCAUCUACAAAAUUCCACAGGUUUGGGAAAAAUGUACAGAAAAAGAGAGCAGGCGAUUACCACCCCAUGAUGUGCUUGCAAGUAUAAUAACUGAGGAUGGCUCCGGUAUUUCCAGAGCAAUCCAUGCUGUGGCCUCCGUCCUCAAUGCUGCCUCUUCCUCUCAACUAAGUAAGAGGAGGAUGCUGGUUGGAGACCAUCAAUCACCCCAGAUUGUACAGCCAUGGCAGCUUCAUCAGUUCAUGAGAAACUUUCAGCUUCACAACAUUUCCAAUGACGGCAUUUAUUUGGAUGAAAAUGGAGUUCCUGCCAUUGACUUUGAUAUCAUACACUUGAGAAUGUUUCCCCAAAAGUCUUAUCCUGCAGUGAAAGUUGGGAGUAUAGAAAGAGAAACCACCUUUGAAGUCAAGGUCUCCAUUAAUCAGAGUGCCAUUCAAUGGCCAAUAUCAUUUAACAAGGCAGUGCCUUCUUCUAGAUGUACAGACAGUUGUUACCCAGGAUAUGCCAAGCUCGUGAGAGAAGGAGCCCCUGUUUGCUGCUAUGACUGUUCUCUAUGUAUGGAAGGGACAUUCUCAGUGGAAGAAGAUGCAGCCCAUUGCAGCAAAUGUCCAGAUGACCAGUAUUCCAAUGAGAAGCGGAAUCAGUGUGUCCCCAAAAGUAUAAGUUUCUUGUCCUAUGAAGAAACAUUGGGAUUCAUUCUGGCUUCCUUUACCCUUGCUUUGUCCCUAAUCACUGCCUUUGUUUUGGGAAUCUUCAUUAAAUACAGAGAAACUCCCAUAGUCAAAGCCAACAACCGGGACCUUACCUACAUUCUUCUGAUCUCCCUUCUCCUUUCCUUCUUGACCUCUCUUCUAUUCAUUGGGCGCCCCAAGAAAGUGACCUGCCUUCUUCGACAAAGCAUCUUCAGUGUUGUUUUUUCAGUUGCUGUAUCCUCAUUGCUGGCAAAGACUGUCAUGGUGGUGGUGGCAUUUCUGGCCACAAAGCCAGGCAGCAGGAUGAGGAAAUGGCUGGGAAAGACUCUGGCCAACUCUAUUGUUGUAUCCUGUUCUGGGAUUCAGGUGGGCAUCUGCAUGAUAUGGCUUGGAAUAUCUCCCCCAUUCCCAGUCUCUGACAUGCAUUCUCAACCAGGGUAUAUCCUGCUACAAUGUAACGAAGGGUCAAUUGUCAUGUUCUACAUUGCACUGGGUUUUAUGGGCCUUCUGGCUGCCAUCUGCUUCUUGGUGGCUUUCCUAGCACGCAAGCUGCCAGGGACCUUCAAUGAAGCCAAGUUGAUCACCUUCAGCAUGUUGGUUUUCUGUAGUGUUUGGAUUUCCUUUGUGCCCACCUACCUGAGCACCAAAGGAAAAUACAUGGUGGCUGUGCAGAUCUUCUCCAUCCUGGCAUCCAGCCUGGGCUUAAUGGGCUGCAUCUUUGUUCCCAAAUGCUACAUCAUUAUCCUGAGACCUGACAUGAACACCAAGGAGCACCUAAUAGUGAAUUCUAAAAAGGGAACCUAAUG